GGAAGAUGGCGGAGCUGCGUGCGCUCGUGGGUGUCAAGCGGGUCAUCGACUUCGCAGUGAAGAUCCGGGUGAAGCCGGACAAGGCUGGCGUGGUCACAGAUGGUGUGAAGCACUCCAUGAAUCCUUUCUGUGAGAUCGCAGUAGAGGAGGCGGUGCGGCUCAAGGAGAAAAAGCUGGUGAAAGAGGUCAUAGCUGUCAGCUGUGGACCUGCGCAGUGCCAGGAGACCAUCCGCACUGCUCUGGCCAUGGGCGCAGACCGAGGCAUCCACGUGGAGGUGCCGGCCACGGAGGCCGAUCGCCUGGGUCCUUUACAGGUGGCCCGGGUCCUGGCCAAGCUGGCUGAGAAGGAGAAGGUGAACCUGGUGCUGCUGGGCAAGCAGGCCAUUGACGAUGACUGUAACCAGACAGGGCAGAUGACGGCUGGACUGCUGGACUGGCCACAGGGCACGUUCGCCUCCCAGUUGACGCUGGAGGGGGACAAGGUGAAAGUGGAGCGGGAGAUUGAUGGAGGCUUGGAGACCCUACGCCUGAAGCUGCCCGCUGUGGUGACCGCUGACCUGCGGCUCAACGAACCCCGCUACGCCACGCUGCCCAACAUCAUGAAAGCCAAGAAGAAGAAGAUCGAGGUGAUCAAGGCGGGGGACCUGGGCGUGGACCUGACCUCCAAGCUCUCUGUGGUUAGUGUGGAUGACCCACCGCAGCGCUCAGCCGGCCUCAAGGUGGAGACCACAGAGGACCUGGUGGCCAAGCUAAAGGAGAUCGGGCGGAUCUGAGCCCCCUUCCUGAAACUGCAAUAAAGCCAUGACUCU